AUGACUAUUCCACGUCCUAAAGUUGCCAAACAGACUUCACAAUCGAAGUGUCAGAAGAGAAAGAAGAGCAACGAAGGAAGGAGGAGACAGAAGACUUCGCCGCUUGUAAACAAACAGAAGAAAACUGUUCGGUUGAAGAACAUUUCAACCAAAGCCGGCUCUAAAUGGCAACCAGUCCCUAAGACUUUAGGCACUACAAUUUUGUCAAUGCUGGAUGAUUCCAUCAGUCCAUUUACUGAUUCUGGAAAUAAAGCAGUUGAGAGAAUUUUGCACAAAAUCAGAGACAGUGUCCAGCAUACAUUGGAGGAAGUCAGAGUACCUAAGGUAACAUGGACUGACAGUAAAUCACUGAAGACUUCACAGAAACUCCUGUUAGCAGAGAAGAAACGACUAGAAGAUCUGGAAGUUGAUCUGUCAUUGACGCUGGAUGAAGAAGUCAGGCAGACGAAGCUGCUGCAGAUAAAGAGAGACAGAUUGAAGAGCUCAGCGGCAUCUGCCUGUGAUCAGCCACAGGUUAUCCUUCAAACAGCUCAAGAAUCAACAUAA